UCUGAAAAUGUGUGGAUUAUUUGUAGUAUUGCCUAGUAAAUUUUAAUUUAUCUGUGAAAAUGCUAGCCGGUCUUCUUAGAAAUAGUUCACUAUUGUUUCUGCCCCGAAGGUUCGCUGGACAUAGUAAAUGGUCCAACAUAAAACAUAUUAAAGCCGAAAAAGAUAGUCAGAGAUCAGCAUUAUUUGCCAAAUUGUGUCAAAGAAUGAAAGUAGCAAUAAAAGAUGGUGGUGGUGCAAAUCCUGAACUUAAUUUGCAACUGGCACAAGCCAUUGAAGUUGCUAAAAAACAAAACAUGCCAAUUACAUCAAUUCAAAGUUGCAUCAAAUCUGCCCAGACUGACAAAUCAAAUUCUCAAAUUCAUUGGUUUGAAGCCAGAGGCCCUUCUGGGUGUUUAAUGAUUAUUCAAACACUGACUGAUAACCAUAAAAGAACGAGAGACGCAAUUGCAACACUAAUAAAAAAGCAUAAAGUUUUGUUUGCUGAUCGGUCUGUUAGACACAUGUUCCUUCAAAAAGGAGAAAUAAUUGCUACGCCACCUCCCGAUUUGAAUAAUAUUGAAGAAGCUGUUGUGGAUCAUGCGAUAGAAUGUGGCGCAGAGGAAGUUUUUCCUGAUGAUGAGGGUGAAGAAGGAGGAUAUAAGUUCAUAUGUGAACAGAAUGUCCUGAAUAUAGUUAGUAGCAAAUUGCAAGUACUCAAGUACAACGUAAAAUCGGCUGAUUUUAAUUUUAUUCCUACUACUAAAGUAGAGUUAUCAGAUAAAGAUAUGGAAAUAAUAAGCAAAUUAAUGGACAAACUUAUAGAACUUCCAGAUGUUGUUAGUUUAUAUGAUAAUAUAGUUUAAUUUACUUAUAUAUAUAUAUAUAUAUAUAUAUAUAUAUAU